AUGAGCCUUACAGAGUUUGCUAUGUUGUUUGAACCACACUUUCCGAAAAAGUUAAGCGAUACCGAGGAAAGCGUAGACCAUGAUGCCUAUGAGGAACAAACAAACAUGCGUCGCCCACUCAUUACUCUGUUGGAUAAAAGCAAAAUGGUUGUGAGAAAUGUUCCUGCAGUUGUCAGAGUGCCAUAUUUUAUAGCAGCUUCGGAUCCAGAAAACUUUUCCUACAGCUUACUUCUUCAAUAUAUGCCUUAUCGUUCGGAAACUGAAAUACUUGAAGGCUUCGAUAAUGCCAAAGAAGCUUUUGUAGCUCGAGAGAGUCGUUUAAGGGAAACAAGUAGACAUAUGUGCCAACAUCGAGAGCGGGACCAACAGCUUGAAAAUGCAUUCAAUCAGAUACAUGCUUUCGAAAUUUUGGAGCAGCCAGAGAUUAUAAAUCCUGUACUUGAAGAGGAAGAGUUACCAGAGAAAGAAAUGAGCAAUGAUCAAUUCCAAAGAGGGCCAAAUGCGAUGAAUAUUGAUCAAAGACAAUUAGUUGUUCUUGUCACAGAGAGUAUUAAGAAGCAACUCAAUGGUGAUAUGAAACGGGAGAAAAUUUUCGUAACUGGUGGAGCAGGCACCGGGAAAACAUUCCUCUUUAAUCUAUUGAAAAACCUUGUCAACCGAUGUUAUGGAAAACCGGUGGUAAAAGUCGGUGCUCUCACUGGAGUUGCAGCACGGUUAAUCGGUGGUACAACGCUACACCGGCAGUUAAAUCUACCAGUACAAAAAGAUGGAGUAAUUGUAAGCAUGCCACUUCUUAACGGUAAUUAUUUGAGAGGAAUGCGUCAAUUAUGGCAAAAUAUUGAGUUUCUAUUCAUAGAUGAAAUUUCUAUGAUACCCUAUGAGAUGCUUUGUAUGAUCGACUCUCGUUUGCGACAACUGAAAAUCCCAGACGCUUGUUUUGGUGGCAUAAACGUGAUACUCUUUGGUGAUCUAAUGCAGUUACCACCUGUUAGAGGACAUCAAGUUUUUCAACAACCAGAUCAUAUGAAGCCAGCUAUACAUUUGUGGUGA